UACAAAAGUUUUGCUCUCAUGGCUGGAUGUUGCUAGGUUACUCAGGGUCAGGUUUUCUGCCUCUAUCGCAGUUUUCGUCGCGGCCCCUUUUUUCUGAAAAGUCCAAAGGUCUUGGAGCUUAGUGGUUUUGUAGGAGCGCGGUGACUCCAAUUACACAAGUUUGACUUCCCCGGGAAACAGGUCGCAGGUCGCUGUGUUUCACCGAGACUUGUGUAGAAGUUGCCCAGCAGUUGGAGCAUGUCGGCCGCGCGGAUGCAGCUGCUGUCGGCCGGGAGCAGGCGGCUCCCCUGGCCGGCUCCGGCUCCGGCUCCCCGGCUCCGCGCACUCAUCUGUCCGCCUCUCUGCCUCUCUCCCCCCGCCAGAGCUCUGUCCAGUCUGAGUGCGACGCGGCGCGGACUCCCCAAGGAGAACAUGAGCGAGAACGGGGUGAACAACGGGGUGAACGGGCUGAUGUCCCGCACCAAGGUGCUGACCAUCGACACCAUGAACCCCGUGGUGAAGAAGGUGGAGUACGCCGUCCGGGGGCCCAUCGUGCAGCGAGCCGUGGAGCUGGAGAGGGAGCUCAGCGAGGGAAUGAAGAAGCCCUUUGUGGAGGUCAUCAAGGCCAACAUUGGUGACGCACAUGCCAUGGGUCAGCAGCCAAUCACCUUCUUCCGACAGGUCUUGGCUCUCUGCUCUUACCCCGAACUGCUGAGUGACAGCAUAUUCCCAGAGGAUGCUAAAAGUAGAGCCUGUCGCAUUCUGAAUUCCUGUGGAGGGAACAGUUUGGGUGCCUACAGUGCCAGUCAAGGCAUAGAGUCCGUGCGCCAGGAUGUGGCUCUUUACAUCGAGCGGCGGGACGGUGGUGUGCCCUGUGAUCCAGACAACAUUUACCUGACCACGGGGGCCAGCGACGGCAUUGUGACCAUGCUGAAGCUGUUGGUGUGUGGCGAGGGGACGAUGCAGACCGGCGUCAUGAUCUCCAUCCCUCAGUACCCGCUGUACUCGGCUGCGCUGGCUGAACUGGGUUUAGUGCAGAUCAACUAUUACCUGAACGAAGACAAGUGUUGGAGUCUGGACACCAAUGAGCUGCAGCGUGCCCUGGAUGAAGCCAGACGCUACUGCAACCCUCGAGCCCUGUGCAUCAUCAACCCCGGAAACCCCACUGGUCAGGUCCAGAGCAAACAGUGCAUCGAGGAUGUGAUCCGAUUUGCUGCAAAGGAGCGUCUCUUCCUCAUGGCUGAUGAGGUUUACCAAGAUAACGUGUAUGCCGAAGGCUGCCAGUUCCACUCGUUUAAGAAGGUUCUGUUUGAGAUGGGGCCGGAGUACUCGGAAACAGUGGAACUAGCAUCUUUCCACUCCACCUCUAAGUGUUACAUGGGAGAGUGUGGCUUCCGUGGCGGGUAUAUGGAGAUCAUAAACCUGGACAACGAGGUGAAAGCUCAGUUGAGCAAGCUGCUGUCAGUCCGUCUGUGUCCUCCUGUUCCUGGACAGGCUUUGAUGGACCUGGUGGUCAAUCCUCCACAGCCUGGAGAACCUUCCUAUGAGCUCUUUAUCAAGGAGCGCACAGCCACAUUAAGUGCCUUAGCAGAGAAGGCCAAACUUACAGAGCAGGUUCUCAAUACCGUGGAUGGCAUCAGCUGCAAUCCUGUUCAGGGUGCCAUGUAUUCCUUUCCUUGCAUAACCAUCCCUGAAAAGGCUAUUAAAGAGGCCACGGAAAAGGGACAGCAGCCAGAUAUGUUUUACUGUAUGAAGAUGUUGGAGGAGACUGGAAUCUGCCUCGUACCUGGGAGUGGGUUUGGCCAGAAGGAUGGAAGCUACCACUUCAGAAUGACCAUCUUGCCACCAGUAGAAAAGCUGAAGAUUCUGCUGAACAACGUCAAGGAGUUCCACCGGAAAUUCACCGAGCAGUAUUCUUAAAUUCCCACAACCGUCUCUCCCACCACUCACACGAGAGGGAUCUUGCCAACCAAAACAAAAAUGUACAAACCAAUCAGUUUAUCUUUUCCUAAGAUGUGCCUUUUCUAUAGCGGCUCUGGUAGUCUCUGUGGCGAUGCAUUUUGUCCUCUGUUGCUGUCACACUUGGACGUUACACGGGGACGUUACUCUCAAGGCACUGUUCUGAGUCGCACCACAAACUGGAAAUAAAAACCAGUCAGUUUUGGUGCGCACAAUACACCAUAUAUUGCCAAUAUUAUUUCUUGUUUUUUUUUAAAUAUGUAUAUACUUUAGGUCUGUGAAUUUGUGAGAUAGAUCAACUGUUUAUAUCAAGCUAACAGAAGGCGGUACGAGUAAAGAAGACGUAACUCAUGAGCCGAGUACGUGCAUAACUGGCUGAUGUACUUCAUUCCUGCAGAAUGUCCUUUAUAGGGAGGAUGUAAUGAAUGUCCCACUUGCAUGAUGAUUCAGGAGGAACUAUUUCUAGUUAUAAUACAUGUAAUGACUUAUGUUUUAUCUCAUUGCUUUGAGAUUUUUUUUGUUCUUUUUUUCAACUUCAAAGUAGUUUUUUUUCCAGUGAUAGCACUAUUUUUUAAUUUCUUUUUCUGUUUCUAGUUAAUUAACAUAAUUUUGCUUGAAUUAAUUUAUUUAGUAAUAAAUUCCAUUAGGAAAAACUCAAUUGAAAAUGUAACAACUUUUUUCGUUCUUACAUAAAAUGUUCACUUCUGUUUUUAUUGUACGGUCUAAAAGGCUGAAGGGGAACGAUUCCAGCUGUUAGUGGUUGGACAUGACUGCUAGGUUAAAUCAGAAAUAAGAUUGGGUAAUGUUUGAAAGAACAGUAACACAUUUGUCUUUUUCAGUUAAGGAAAUGUAAUCACCACUUACCCCUGCUUCACGAUACGUAGAAGUGUUUUACUGUUUAAGCCUAAAAUGAACUUGUUGGAUAUGACGAUUGUGUAUACUUUAACAACCUUGCUUGAUUUAAUCUCUGUAACAAAUGUUAGUCGGACACUAAAAUGACUAAAAUUCUAAAUUUUCUCAUAUUUAAAAAGUAGUUUCAUCCAAAAAUAAGACAAAUAUUUCUAACUAAUAAAGUUCAGUUCAAUAACACUAUAUUAAUGCUUAAGUGAUAUGACUGUAUUAUAAUUGUUGAAGGUUCUAACUGGAGAGAAUGGUUUCCGGUUCCAUAUUGGGUUGAUUUAAAGAUGCUCUGUCAUUUAAUCACAAAACUGCAUCAUCCCAUUUCUGGUAACAUCUCCAGUGGACACUGAAAGAGGCUGGUCUGCAUGGAUGCUGAGCAAAGAGGCUGAUCGGCUAUGGAUUCUGCUAUGCAGCCACGAAAAGGGGCUACUUCCUCCAAUAGUUCAGAAAUGAAAAAAGGCACCUGAUGAACUUUCUAAAUUGCCGCUGAUCACUUUUGGAGACGGUUGAAAUAUGCAUUUGCAUUAAAGGACUCCUGAAAAUGUACAAAAGCUUGAAUGCAGAGCAGUGAAACUUUAGAAAAGUAAAAGAUUCCAGGUGGCCACAAGAAAUUUAAAGCCUGUCAGUGAUGAUUUUUCACCUGUUAUUUGUGAAGCCUGCUAAUAAUUUUACCAGAUUCAAUUUUCCAUCUGUAUUUUUUCACUGUAUGAAAGCCUGUUUUUAGUUUUCCAUUCAAUGAAUGUGCACAUUUGAUUGAAAACUGAAUUUGUGAUUUUGCAUCCAACUCUGAAGACACUUCUUUGUGCUUAUAGUUCAAGGUUAAGAGCCUCGAGCAGCGUUUCCCAGGCCUGGCCCUCGGAGAACUGUCCUGCAUGUUUUAGACGUCUCCUAGCAUCAACACACCUGAUUGAAAUUAAUGGUCAUCAUCAGCUUGACAUCAAGGUCUGCACAAGUCUCUUGAUGACAGUCAUUUGUAUCGUUGUGCUGAAGGAGGAAACAGUAUGUCCCGAGUACCAGAGUUGGGGAACGCUGCCCUGGAGGUCGCCGCUAGUGACACAUGGUUCAGAAUCCAAGUAAAGAUGUGCCAAAUGUAAAAACAUUUGUAGGUCUGUGACAGCAAAUAAACACUUUGCAACUGA